GAGUUAGCACCUUGGCCUGGUGCCGCCGCCUUCGACGGGCUCUCGGUGCUCAUCCUGGGCAACGGCAAUGGAGCCUUUGAAACCAGCGACGCGGUCCGGAACUUCGCCGCAGACAUCGGAAUCCUGGGCCGUCGAGAGGAACGCUUCGCUCACGAGUCAAAUUAUGUGGGGGAUGUGCGCGCAGCACGGCUGACGUCUCUGGAUUCACUUCACCUGAAAUCCCUCGACGACGUCUUUGCGCUCGCUCCAGGAGCAGGUCGGCUCCUGGAGCUGCUGCCCUGUGCCAGCGCGGGCCCAGGCACUGGCGAGGCCGGGAACGGCUGGCCUGAGAGCGCCUUCGACACCGAGCUGCAAGGCUUCCAGGGCCGGCCGCCCGUCUGUGCACUCCCGGACAACAGCAAGAAGGAGUUUCUGCUGGCAGAUCACGAUCCGGAGAACCCAGCAGUACAGGAGGCGCUUGCCAGAUGGGCGGAGCACAUUCAUGUACGCAAUGGCAGUGCCGUGUACAAGUCGCACUUCAAGAAGGCUCUGAAGCAGCUCGGCAAACAGGCAAAGCAUGCCGUCCCCGGCAUUGACGACGUGAUCGCCGGGCGCACCCAGGUGCUGACGAUCAACAAAUCUGUAGCAAGGCGCCUUGCCAAGGAGUCCGCUGAGUUUCGCUCGGCGCUGCCGGCACUGAUGGCGAGCACCCAGGGCCUCUAUGUGGAGCAUGACCGCUUUCGCAAGCCCUUUGACGUCGUCAUCCGGGCCUUGGGCUGGCGGAUGGAACCGGAGCCCUUCCAGGAUCUUAGUGUGCAGCUGGAUGCCGACGGGAAGUACCCGGAAGUGGAUGCCUGCUUUGAGUCGACAGAGCCCGGCCUCUACUUUGCAGGCACUGUUACACACGGCUUCGACAAGAAGCGGUUCGGCAGUGCGGGUGGCUUCAUCCACGGCUUCCGCUACACAGCGAAGACGCUGUUUCGCUGCCUGAUGCACCAGUUCGAAGGAAGGCCUUUCUGGCAUGAUAGCCAACACCACUACGACUGGCCUGGUCCGGGUGCCGAAGCCACUGCUUGUGAGGUCGGUCAAGAACCGGCAGCUACAGGGACCAAGAGCAUCCAGCGGCUCCGCAGGAGCCUGGAGACGACUCCGCACUGGAAUCGGCUGCUCACGCGGCUCAACGAAGCAUCCGGGCCCUACCAGAUGUCCUGCGGGGCCCUGGUGGAUGGGCUGGUCUAUGAUCGGCAGCAGCUUCGGGUCACGUACUACCAGGACAUCCCCAUAGACCUGUUCGAGGCGGAGUUCCGGCAAUACCCUCGCCUGUACUUCCAGUUCCGCUACGGCAAAAGCAGCUACCUGCAACGGUCAGACUUUUUGCGAACCCGGCUGGUGGCGCACAAGUCGUCCUUCCUCCAUCCGGUUCUCUUCUAUUUGAUGCCUAACAAGAGCGCGGAGAAUCCGAGCCACUCCUCGCGCCUGCAUUUAGUCGAGGAUCGGUGGACUGACUGGGCUGGUCGCGAAGAGGUAUUGGCAGUCCAUAACUUCUUGUCCGAGGUGGAAAAAUCCAUUUGGCAGGAUGUGAAGCCACCGAAGUUCCACGAAGGCAUCGACAAUCUCAACCUCACGUGCAACCAUUUCGAAGCCGCAGAGGACGAGGAAGAAGAUUACGAGAAGUAG